ACUCUACUAUCUUGGGGGGGGGGGAUCGCAUCUUCAUCACAUGAGGAGUUUAUGAGAUCUGUUUCCAGAUUUUAAAGUAAACAUUCCAAUAAGUUAAAUUUGCAUAUCUUUUUCGCAGAUGGAAAUGGAUAAUUCAAGAACUGAAUUUUUGCGUUAUGACACAACUGAUACAAAUGAUCCUGUCACAGUAAAAAAUAUGCAAGAAAUAAAUGAGACAGAAGAAACUAGAGCUAGAUGUCUGGAAAUACUUCGCAGAGAUUUAAAAAGGGUGAAGGAUCUUGAACCCUGUUUGGAUGAGAUAUUUCUGUCGCCUUUUAUGAGGGUAUCUAAAUAUGAUACCUCGAAAGCAUUUCAGCGAGUUAUCAAGUACUACCAACAGUUAGACGUGUAUCUAGAUAUCUACAAGAAAUUUUCUUUUCCCCUUCAAGAAGCUGAAAGUAUACGUCAUUUGAAGUUAUCUCCUUAUAGAUGUGCGGAUAACUCAUUUUUACUUUUUGGAAAAGCAGCAAUUGACUACAGAAAAUACACUUUUGCACACCGCUUCUACCUAGAAUUAGUCACACUUCACAACUUCAUAGAAAAUCCAGUCAAUCAGAUAUGCGGGGGAACAUUUGUUUUUGACUAUGAAGGAAUGGACAUCCAUGGUUAUCUAGCUUUUACACCUUCCUGGACUCGCGUGUUUGUCGAUUCGUUAUUGAAUACCUACCCUUGUCGAGUGAAAGCCAUACAUGUGGUUAAUAUGCCUUCGUUUUUUCCACUCCUAUUAAAAGUUCUUAACCAAUUUCUGCCGAAAAAAAUUAAGAAUCGAGUAUUUUUUCAUGCAAAGAAAAAUGAUUGGAAAGAUCUACAUGCAUCCAUUUCUCCCGAGAUUCUUCCUGAAAAAUUUGGCGGGAAAUUGAAAGAAGACGAACUUGUCAAUAUUAUGCACGAUUUAAAAGCAGAAGAAGAGAAAUUUCUCAGUUUUUUCGCUUAUGGUAAUAUCAAAACAAAGAAAGAUAGAUUAUCCAUGAAAGUGUUUCAAUAAAUUAACAAGUGGGAAUUUUUAAUGGUCCCAAACUGAAUGUAAAUAAUUAUAACACCUGUCUGAGCUUUUUGUUUUAAUAAGAAUAUUUCUUAUUUGUAAUUAUAAUAGCCUUUACUUUUAUGAUCAUUUUUUUACAAUGUGUGUUAAAAUUUGUUACGUGAUGUGCUACAAAUUGUGUUUAAAAAAAGUUUACAAACUAAUGGUAGAGUAUCCUUCAUUUAAUUCUAAUUAAAUUUCGAUUGUUUUGACUAGAACUUUAUAACAAGUGAACAUUUUUUUUCUUCAGCUUUUUGAGUAUUUUUAAAUAAUUGUCACAGGGCCUGGAUAGCCUGUUUGGUCCUUUGGAUUGAGAGUUCGAUCCCCACCGGCCGAAGACUCUCCGUGUGUGUGGUGACUGGCGCACGUAUAAAUCUGUCAUGGUCACAAAGUCCUCCAUGUCGAGAGUAAUACCACUGGGGGUACUGGAUCAGCGGUGAUUGAUUCCGGUCUAAAUUACGAUUUGUGGAUGAGUGAAUGAAAUGCAUGAAUGAAUUCUGCCCAGUAAAAAGGGUUGUGACGUGUGUGUACCUAAGUCGUAUUCUUGGCCAUAGAUGGCGCUACUGUAGAAACAAGAGACGCACACUUGGCUUAAAAUCACUGACUUCUAAAGUCAGAGGGCUUGUCUAUGAUAAGUGCCAUUAGAAACAACAAAUAACUGCCACUAUCAACCGAAAUUGAUGAAUAAACAUAGGUGAAACCUGUCUUUCAUCUUUACCCACCUACGAAAAACUCCAUAUUUGCAGACUCCUGAAAAGACACAAGUUAUCAGAUAGUGAAAUGUUAUAUUUUUGACAAGGAACGUAGAGCUUAUUUUGGAGGUGCAUUUGUAUUGUAUAUUUUUUUGUAUGUUGGUUUCGUCCAUACAGAUUGAUUAAAUUGAUACAGGCUUCAAAAACACUUGUCCAAAAAAUGUAGGAAUUAUGACACUGACCUCAGGAGACCAAGUCUGAUUUAAAGACAUUUUAUGGAUUCUAUGGAUGUGGAAAUUGCCAUCUAUAUAUUGUCACGUAGAUGCUAUAGUAUAGAACUGAAUGGCACACACAAGAGGUAGAGCUAAACCAAUUUAUUAACUGAACUCUGAACUGAGAAUACAGUGACUGACAGAUCCUCUGCUUUUAUACUAGCAGGGAAAGUUCCAGAAUACUUUUCUGGAGACAGUAAGAAAUGUCCAGAACACUUGUCUGGCAAACUAAAGAAAUGUCCAGUAUCUUCUGGAACAUGAAAUAAAGGAAAACAUAAAAUCAAGUAAUUAAAUAUUUACACAUACUAUGAACCCCAUCGUCUCUAACGGGUUCGAACUCAAGGUCUUUUGAUUGUGAGACCAGUGCCAUGACCAUUCGGCCAUGGAGAUUCGACUGUUUCUCUUCAAUGCGGCAAUAUACUUCAAAGUAAUUACGAACUAUCAUUGAUUCAUCAAUAUCCAUCUUCUAGCAAUGACAAAUCUUCAGGUCAUUUUGGGAAUAUAAACGUCUUAUAAUAUCCAGAUGUUAUUAGAAGAUCGUGAGCAAGUAAAUGGCUUAAUUUGUGAAUGUUCAGAGUGUAUAAACUGAACAGACUGUACUGUAGAGAAAUUGACUAACAAUGAACUGUUGUUGUGUCGCAAUUUGCAAAUGCUUAGAAAUAAAAUCGAGCCUUGUUGAAGUAGAAAUGUGAUUUCCAACUGUACGUUUAAGAUAGGAAAAUUGGCAUUCCUAAUAAAAAAAAUUCUUUUUUAACGGAUAGCGUUUUCAAAUGCCAUUAAUAAUAUCUCUAGAGAAUGAGAUUUCAAAAAUAUCACUGAAAAAAUCGCUUCCUUCUUGAAAGUAUUCAUAUUAGAAUGCGCCAAAUAAGCAAAGCCAGACCCGAGAAAGCGCACUACCAUGUGGUCCUUAGUUGCAGAUUAGGACUAAUUGGAGGCCAAUGUAUUAGAUUUACAUUCAAAGAAAAAGGUCAGAAUACUAUUCAACUUAAAACAACGAAUCAUUAGUGCUCUUCAUAUGCAUCUCUGAAACUGAAGUUUAUCGUUUUAUUGAGAUAAUGUAAUGAUAUAUGAAUCUGCACUUUUAAG